AUGUACAGGAUCUCGCCGAACAACCCAGUCAGGCGGCGCCUCUUCGCCGACGUGCUGGACGACCAGGCGAGGGUCGAGAACUUCGCCAACGCCCUGCAGGAGUCCAGCGCAGAGGAGAAGCUGGAGAAGAUGCGCAAGUGGAACUUCGACUUCGAGAAGGAGCUCCCUCUAGAAGGAGUCUACAAAUGGUACCGCGUCGGCGAUCCGGACUGGAUUGGCGUGCAAGCGCCGAAGUUCACCUGCGUCGCCAAGUCCAUGGACGAGGACGGCUUCCUGCCGCUCAAGUACGAAAACGAACUCACGCCGAGAAGCGAUAGAGUCGAAAGUCAAACGCUUCCGUUGAGGAAGAGAAGAAAAGAGAUGAUAGAGAAUCUGUUGGCCGAGAGAGCCGUGAAGCGGAAGAUCACCUUC